CAAGGCAACUUCCUUUUCAGCAUAAGAAGGAACUGCUGGGGAAGGUGAAGCGGGGCUGCGGCCAGUUUUGCUGGGUUCCGCUGGAAUGAUGUAAUCAGCCUGGUAACGGUUAAAGGAGGGCCGGCACCUGGUGCGGUGGGGAAUAAGAGAAUCUGCCCCGGGGAGCGGGACGGUGGAGAAAAUCCUCAUACGGAGUCGGCUCUGUUCAGCUAGCUCCCCAAUGAAAGGGAUCUAUUAUCAGCGUCUGGGAUAAGAAAAUGAUUAUAGAUCUAUGGAGAUAUUUCUACACAAAUAUCUUUCGAUUUUGGCUAAAGUGGAUCUUAAGACUGGUAACUGGAAAAUGUGAACUGCAGCGUAUUUGCAAUGGCACAAGGAAAAAUGCAAAAAGAACACUACGAAUAGAAUAUUCACUGGAAUCAUCAAAGCAUAAGUCCUUGCAAUAUGCUUUGAACACUACUGAAGAUGAAGUGGAAAAAUGUGUUGCGUGCAUAAUAGAAGAAAAAAAAAUUAAAGUACAGAAAGAUAUAGGAUUUGCUUCAAAGCUACAAUCAUCUUUGCUCCAAAUAUCGGGCUACAAGAAGCUCUGUUUGGCAGUGGAAGAUCUCAAAAAACAAGCAUAUAAUUCAGACAAUAAAGAACAUGAAGAGCAAUUAAUGGAGCUCUGGAAUUUGUUAAUGCCCCAUGAAAAACUGAAGGCCAGAAUCACAAAGCAGUGGUGUGAUAUUGGUUUCCAAGGUGAUGAUCCUAAAACAGACUUCAGAGGAAUGGGAAUGCUAGGAUUAACUAAUCUUCUAUAUUUUAGUAAACAUUAUCCUCAUGAAGCUCGUCGAAUCCUUAUUCGUUCAAAUCAUCCAAAACUUGGAUACUCCUAUGCAAUUGUUGGGAUCAAUUUGACAGAGAUGGCUUACAGUUUGUUAAUAAAAGGACUUUUAAAAAGCCACUUUUACAACUUGGUUCCUGGUGCUCCUCAGCUGAACGAUUUCCAUCAAUUUUACUGUUAUUUGACUUACGAAUUUGACAACUUUUGGUUUGAAGAGAAACCGGAGAGUAUUAUGUACUUCAAUCAGUAUAGGGAAAAGUUUCAUGACAAAAUCAAAAGACAACUGCUGGAUUAUGAUGUGGUCCUUGCCUUAAAAACUGAAAACUAGAAAUGUGUGAUUCUUUGAGUUCUGUACAUAAAUAUUAUGCACUUGUUCGAACUCUGGUAUUCAACCAAAAACUCCAUUUAUUGCUCAAAGGUUUAUACAUCCAUUAUUAUUUUUAUAGAAAAUAUGCUUGGACAAUCAAUACUUAUUUAAGACUGAACAUUGUACUCUAAAGAUAUUUUUUUUAAUAUAAAGAUCCUCAUUGGACCUCACAUUUUUUCUACACUUAGUAGAAAGUGUAAAAUAAUUGUUGAACUUUAUCAUGUUGCUCAAUAAUAGCUUCAUAUACAAAUUUGUUGUUUGGUU